UCUCAGUGUCGAAAUUCAACGGCCCGUCCACUGCUUAAACACUGAGGCGAAGAAUGAGACCUCCGAGCGCCUGCCCUGUAAGCAUUAUCAGUUCAGAAGCCGAGCCUGCUGGAGGAUCUCCGGCCUCAACGAUGGCAUCUUCCAAGCUGUAUGAAACAUGGCCCAUCCAUCCCGGAAGAAUGGAAAUCGGAUUACUCGAGUUUCGACCGCCUUUCUCCGAUGCUCUGAAUUGCGCGCUCUCUGUCGUGACCCUCAAAAACGGGCCUCCGCCGUUCAUUGCACUCUCAUACGAAUGGGGCACCGACGACUCCAACCAUGUCAUGUCUGUCGACGGCCACGACAUCAGCAUACGACACAACUUGUGGCUGGCAUUAGAAACUAUCAUGAAGCAUCAUCCAAGGCUUGUGGAGGAUUGUCGAAAUCAUCACCAGCGACUCCGUCAAGAGUUGCAAAAUAUCCACUGCGAGUGGGGUGUUCCAGACGUAGCCCACCCCACAGACUCCCUAUUCAUAUGGGCCGACGCCCGUCUGCAUAUAUUCCUAUAGAACCGCAAUGAACCACCUCGGAACCUUAGGGUUUGCACCUCAGAUAUUUGAGGGGUUUCAUUUUACGUAUUUGGCUAGUCAG